AUUUUUAAUCUUGUGGUAGGUUUUUGUUUGGUUCUCUUUCAUAAUCAUCCUAUUUAUUCAUAGAUGAUGAUAAACAUGUAUUAUUUCACCUAGAUAAGAAAACCACAGAUACUGCCUUUGGGGCUAACACAGACAUGGUUGCCACACAUUAUACUGUUAUGGUUGAGGACGUUUGUUGGUGUUGUGCUGUUUUGAAUUGAAUUUGAAGUAUCUUACAUAGUUUUGAGCUUGAAUUUUUCAGUUGUACUCUUCAUGUGACUGCCUGAGUACAUUUAUUAACAUUCAAGAUACCUUUAUACUGUUCCUUCUCUUGUGCCAAAUUUGUGUGAAAUGUUUUAAUUCUCUAGUGCAUUUAAGAUGCAGGAAAUUAGUGAGCUCCAUCCAGAACCUGAAAUGAUCACAGGAAUGGACUCUGUUGAUGGCCUCAAAAUCUGUGUUGAUAAUGAAAAAUUAAGAAAGAUGCGCCGUUGUUUCAGUGACCCAGUGUUAAGUUCAUCACAAAGGGAAGAAAUGAUGGGGGUAGAUGUGAUUGAUGGGCUAAAGAUAUCUUUAGGUUACCGAAGGUCUGAGGCUACAUCAGAAGCCUGUAGGAAUAAUGUGGAAAUUGACUGGGAUGGUGAACAAGCAGAUGCACCACUCUUAGUCAGACUUCUUGCUCAGAGUCUGGAGACCUUAGCAAGCGUAGGAAUGUCACCCAGAAGAAAAAGGGGUCCCCGUUCUCAGACAAUUCCCUUCUUGGACCUGGCUCAGCUCCAAUUAGGAAUACGAUUAGGAAUGCACCAACAAAGAUUAAAAUAUCAGGAUCAGAUGAUCGGCCUUAAUUUUGCAGACGAAAGGGAAGCAGACUUUUUCAGCUGUGCUGUGAAUAAACAGCUAGCAAAGCAACACAAUAAGAAAGGACGCAAGGGAGGAAGAGGACAGCAAGAACAGCCUAAACUGUCCCCACCAAUUCCCCAGAAAACACAAAUUCCUGCAGUUGAACUUCGCAAAGACAAAAAGAAGAACAAGAAGAAAGGCGACAAAAACAAAGGGAAGCUAAGCAAACACCUGAUUGGGAUGCCAACUGACUUCAAGCAUAUCAAUCAUGUUGAUUAUGAAGCAAACAAGGGAGGGACAGAGUAUAAUGCUGAUGACAAGCUUCAAACAUUUUUCAGGAUGGUUGGCGUCAGUCAGGAACAGCUUUCGGAUCGCAGCACCCGACAGUUCAUCUAUGAUUUCAUUGAAAGGAAUGGCGGAGUGGAGAAGGCAGUGGAGGAGGACAUGCUAUAUUCCUCGCUACCCCUUCUAUUUCCAAAAGGAUCUGCUAGUAGCACUGCGUCCAACCGCAUGCCUCUCCCUCUACCAAAGUAUCCUGUGUCCCCACCGACUCCACCUAGGGCACUUCAUAAAAAUGCAACCCCUCCUUCUCCUCAUCCUCCUCCCGUUCCUCGGAGUUCUCAUCAUACUCUUCCACGACUACCACCUAACCCCUCUCAGCGGCCUCCAAUGCCACUACCACCCCUAGAGCAGGAUGCUGCAAGGUCUAAGAAGAGUCCCCUUCCACCACUUCCAGCCUCGGAGGCUUAUGGCUAUUUACCUAUGGCAGCACCACCCAUUCCGACUCUUGCCAAAAUGGGCCCAUCACUCAGAGUGGCGCCACCUCCUCCUGGUACUGUACCUCGUCCUCCACUGCCACCACCUGGGGAUAUACCACCAUCACCACCUGGUGGUAUACCACCACCACCACCUGGGGGUAUGCCUCCACCACCACCAGGGGGUAAACCCCCACCACCACCUGGGGGUAUGCCUCCCCCACCACCUGGGGGUAGACCCCCACCACCACCACCUAGCUUUGCCAGCCCAGCACUUUCUGACCCUCAUUCAACUCUCAUGAGUCAGAUACACACAGGUGGCUGUCCUCUGAAAAAAGUGAAACUUACUGAAAGGCAACCAGUAACAGAUUCAAGGAGUCAGCUUUUGGAGCAAAUCAGAGGUGGACUCCAGCUGAAGAGUGUAAAAGAUCACUUUGAGGGUGCAAAGGACGAGCCUCCUCCUCUGGAGGGUAUGGCCCUGCAGUUGAAUCGUGCCCUGCAGAUCCGCGCUCAGGCCAUUCAGUCAGACUCUGACGAUUCCGACGAAGAUGAUGAAGAUGAGAUUGAUGAGUGGGAUGAUGAUAAUGAUAAUGAGGAUGAUGAUUAAGAAAAUGGGUUGGAAUAGAGGGGUUAUGAUAAUGUGAGCAACAAUAAUUUUGUAUCAGACUUCAAAAUGAAACAUUAGGUCAUUAUGCUCAUCUUUAACAAUGAAGGUAAUCUCAGUUUGGUGAUCCAGUGGUCUCUUUGUGGUACUUCGGUUAUGUGAACGCAUUAUUGGAUUCAAGUUCAUUUCUGUACAUUGUGCUGAAUAUCAUUUCCUUGUUUAAAAUGCAGAUCACUGGGGUUUGUUUGAUUAUACAUAUUAUCUGGCCUUGAUCUUUGUAAAGGCAAUGUUAGAUGAUUUAGUUAAAGUGAUUACAGUGCAACUGUAAGAAAAAAGUAAUAACAAAAUAUGAUGGCAAACCAGAGAAGCACUUGGUAAUUACAGUAUGCAAUCUUCUGCACUCUGUUUGUUUUAUAAGUCUUUUUAUACAUCAAAACAAUGUCUUCCAAAGCCCCUUGGGCAAGUUGUAAUGUUGUCAUUGUUGUAAGACAUUUAACCCUUUAACGCCAAAGGGGUAUAAUAAAAAUCGUUUCCCGUAUGCCGGGGGGGGUUCUGAAGCGGAAAUUUUUUUUUUUUUUUCAAAAAUCACAGCACGCUUAGUUUUCAAGAUUAAGAGUUCAUUUUUGGCUCCUUUUUUUUGUCAUUGCCUGAAGUUUAGUAUGCAACCUUCAGAAAUGAAAAUAAUAUUAUUAUAUAUAAAUAAUGCAAUAUAUGAUAGCGCGAAAACAAAAUUUCAUAUAUAAUUGUAUUCAAAUCGCGCUGUGAGCAAAACGGUUAAAGCUAACGAGUUAAUUUUUUUGUUUUAUUGUACACUAAAUUGCAAUCAUUUUGGUAUAUAACACAUUGUAAAACGAUGAAAGCAACACAGAGAAAAUAUUAUCACAAAAUGAUGCAUGAAUUCGUAACUCACAGACGUAAGAAUUUUUUUUUUUUUUUCCAAAAAUUCACCAUAAAUAGAAAUAUUGUUCUAGAGACUUCCAAUUUGUUUCAAAAUGAAGAUAAAUGAUUGAAUAUUACUAUACUGUAAGAGUUUUAGCUUACAAUUACAGUUUUCUACCAUUUCGGACGAGUUAAAAUUGACCGAAUGUUGAAUUUUUUUUAUAUAUUUUUUUAUAUGCAAAUAUUUCAAAAAUGAGAAAAGCUACAACCUUCAAUUAUUUCUUGUUGUAUUCUACAUGAAAUUGUGCACAUUUUCAUAUAUAAAACUCUAUGAAACGCCUAAUAUGAAAUGGACCAAAUAUUACAAGAAUGCGAUGUACACAUUUUGGAGAUUUGCGGCGGAGAAUCCGCGAGCGGAGGAAGGAAAGUUUUUUUUUUUUAAAUUCACCAUAAAUCUAAAUAUUGUGCUAGAGACUUCAAAUUUGUUCCAAAAUGAAGAUAAAUGACCGAAUAUUACUAGACUGUAAGAGUUUUAGCUUACAAUUGCGUUUUUCGACCAUUUCAGUAGAGUCAAAGUUGACCGAACGUGGUUUUUUUUCUAUUUAUCAUGAUGUAUAUGCAAAUAUUUUUAAAAUGAGAAAAGCUACAACCUUCAAUCAUAUAUUGUUGUAUUCUACAUAAAACUGCACACAUUUUCAUAUAUAAAACUUUAUGUAACGGCUAAUUUAAAAUGGUGCAAGUAUAACGACAAUCGGACGAAACAAUUUCUGAUUUUUUUCGGAAGAGUUACCGCGUGGACGUAAGGAAAAUGUUUUUUUUUUUCAUAAAUUCACCAUAAAUCUAAAUAUUGUGCUAGAGACUUCCAAUUUGUUGCAAAAUAAAGGUAAAUGAUUGAAAUUACUAGAAUGUAAGAGUUUUAGCUUAAAAUUCCGUUUUUCGACCAUUUUGGUGUUGAAAUUUUGGCACUUAUCGUUAUUUAUAUGAAAAUAUUUCAAAACUGAUGAAAGCUACAACCAUGAAUUGAUUUUAGUUGUAUUCUACAUGAAAUUGUGCACAUUUUCAUAUAUAAUACUCCAUGUAACGGCUAACGAUUGUAAACAAAACAACACCUUGAUCCGUGAGCUCCCAGCAUCACUUAAGGUGCAUGAUUCAAAAGUUUUCGCCUGGUAGGCCUAUAAGAAUUUUUUCGGCGAAUUUUAAAAAAAAACUUUUUAUAUCAACGUACCAUACAUCCAAUCGGCACCCAACAGACAAUUUAUGUCGACGUAUAAUACGUCCAAUCAGCGUUUAAGGGUUAAGCACAAAAUGGCAAGUAAGUGACUCAAUUCAGAAAUCUUAAUACAUUUUGUCUAUUUAUAUAAAUUUUAGAAACUAUGGUACGCAUUUGUAUAAUGCAGUUUGCAGCUCUAAAUCUCGUCAAUACCAUGCCCAGGGAUCAUUUUGAUUAUUUGUUUAAAAGGUUCUUAAUUAAAACUUGGACUCGACAGGUAAUGAACUGGGUUUUGAGCUGGUAGAAUUGCAUGGCAAGAACAUUUUUUCAUUCAAAUUAGUCCUUUUAACAUAAGGUUGUUCUUAGACGAUGUUGAUCUUGUAUGUAGUAUUUAAAAAAUUUUCUCCUCUCAGAUCACAAGGAAAAAUGUUGAAUGUACAUAAAAAGAUUGGACAACUAUGUGAUUUUUUUUUACUCUAUCACCAGGAAAUUUGACAAUAGUAAGGGCAUAAUUUGCAUCAUGCAUCAACUUAAAUCCAUUUUCUAGUCUUUGUCAUCACAAAACAUUAUGGGCUUUUACCUCUCGUUCCACAAAAAUGUGGUAAAUACAAGCAAAAUUCAUUGAUUAAUAUAACAUGGAUGAAAUGUCUACCUGGUGUCAGCUGGGCUCCUUUUAGCACUCAAAGAUGGGAAGACAUACUACUUACGUGGAUGAAAACUACGCGACACAAGAUGAGUGGAUUUUUGUAGAAAGCAUGGUCCUUGUAAAACUAUAGUGCCAAGAGGGUGUGGAACAUAGCAUUACUUGAAAUGCCUACCCUGUUUAUGUGUUUACUUCUUAUUGUCAGUUGAUUUUAAGAUAUUUUGAUAAACAUUACUUUGUAUUGUUAAGAUAUUUUAAUAGAAAGAUUUUGGAGAUUUUACAACACAAAUAAUUGUCCUGAUAUGGAGAUUUAUCACCAUGUCUUGUUUAGGUUAGAAUGCAUUUGCUAAGUGCAGUUGAGGAAUAAGGGAGGUAGAAUUGUAUUUCAGAAGUUGAAAAAACUUUGAGUAUAGUAUGUAGUAUAGAUCUGAGGACACACAAACCCAGCUUUUUACUGUAUACUGUAUAUAUAUCAAACAACUUAGACCAAAUUUGCUAUUGCUUAAGCUUUAAUAGUGUUUACUACUAUGUCACUGUAUGUUUAUAAAAUAUCUAGUCUACAGUAUUGACACUAAAACCUUAGGAGAUACAGUUCUCUUAUCAUACUUUUGAGAUUGCUUUGAAAAUCAGCUGAAGCCAUUUUGUUAGAUGCUUGCACAACUAGAGUAUGAAGAGUGAAAACGAAUCAAGUCAUAAAAACCAAAGAUUCAACUGUUCAUGUUUUAAGUCCUUAUAUUGGUCAUCAGAUUUUAUACAUUCAACUUACCUGUCAGAUAUAUACAUAGCUAUAGACUCCGUCUUCCCGACAGAAAUUCGAAUUUCGCGGCACGCGCUACAGGUAGGUCAGAUGAUCUACCUGCCUGCCGUUGGGUGGCAGGAAUAGGAACCAUUCCCGUUUUCUAUCAGAUUUUCUCUGUCGGCCAUAUUGUAAACAUACAUUUGCGGUACCUCCUGACUUGAUUUUCGUGUUUCAUCGCCAUCGAUCUUCUGGGCUAUCUUUUGCAGGGAAGUACUGGGUCUUUGGCUCGGCAUACGCUUUUAUUAACUUUUUAAUGAAUUUGGCUUUGAAAAAUUGCGAAGAAUAUAAAACGUGCAACUACCGAAAUUGUCGGUAGACACUCACAUAGUUUGCAAGAAAGGGAAAUAUUAAUAUUUAUUCAUUAAUACGUGUGAUAAGUGUUAGAAUUGAUUGAGGAAAUUAAACUGACUUCCUACUGUAGGGAAUCAGUAAAGCAUGUAACUAGAUACGCUUCCUUUAGAAGUUUUUCGGAUACUUGUACUAAGGAGCAGUUAGAGUAUUAACAGUACUAGUAGUGUUGCAUCCUCAUCAUCUUCUUACUUCACAGAAACUUCAAAUUCAUAAUUGCAAUUUGAAGACAAGGGAUGUAGCUCAAAAUGCGAGCUAUUGAAAGGUAAGAAGUGAUUACAGUGUUCCCUAUUGCAGUGGAGGGUGCGUCUGAUCGGCUCUGUCUCACUCCCAGACCCAGACCUCUUUCAAGCUCCCAAGCCCAGAGGAGAAGGAAUGUCGAAAGCCGUAAGGAGGUUUCAGAGAAUUCCCAUCGGUCAGGCGUCCCUUCGGCAGGUUCUGUAGAGCGUCCCAGACUGCCAAGGAUAGCCAUUGGAAAGGCAUCCUAAAACAGUGUUUCUCCCUUAUUAUUAUACCUACAUACCCUCUAGAGAGAAGAACUAAGACGAAGAUUCUCGUAAUAUGCAAGAUAAAUCUCGUCAUGGGUAUGAGUAACUGGAAAGAAAGUUUUCCUUUCAAUCAAUAGUCCCUUCCGGUGGACUUAAACAGACGUAGGUUACGACCUUAUGUCCAAGGAUAGGAACCUUGAGUGAUUCUCUUCGAUCCUUGCUUCUCAUUAGGAUAUACUUCGUCUAACACUAAUUUGUUUUAUUAAAGAAAAAAACGAAGGUAGAGAAUUUUCCAUUCUCUCUCUGCUUUGGCUAGGAAAGAAUGUAGUAGAGAAUUCACUUUAAGACUGCGGUAUGGUCAAGUCAUAUGCACAUACCGAAGUUAACUCUAUGGCUGACAUCUGAAUUCCUUCUAUUCUUACAAAGGUUUCCUAGAUUAAUGCUGUUUACCUCGAUGUAACAGUAUUAUGGAGGAUUAUAAUACGGCAGUGCACGAUAUUAUAUAAUGUUCUCAUGCUUUCGAAAAGCGCAUGAAGAAAGCAUAAACUUAUUAGAGCACGGAGAUUGCUCAGAAGAAGAGAGAUGAGUCUGACGGGAAACAUUCUCUUCGUGGCAGAAGUUGUUUCCCGAAUGGACUAUACUACGUCUAUAAAAGUUUUUUCCUACUAAGAACGGAAUUAACAUACGAAAGGAUGCCGGGUACCAUAAAGGCACAGAUGUUCUGGCACAUAUCUGAAAAGAAUUACAAGCAAUUUAGGUGACUGGCUCCAGCCAGGCGCCAAGACGGGCACCUGGCGCCACCUCACAAGGUGGAAUACCAGAAGAGCCAGGCUGGCUCAAAAGUGCCAGCCUGGCGCAUUUGCCAGGAGUGCUAGAAGCGCCAGCCUGCCCGCGAAGCGCCAUCCAUGAUAUUUCUCGUUUUAGCGAGUUAUUAACCUAAUAGUCCAGUAGCCUCUCUGACAGCAUGAACUGCAACACGGGGCUGCCUGCAACCUCCCAGCAGUUACCAGUUUCGAUUUUAGAUACUUGGUAUUGUCACGACAACACCAAAUCAGCUUUUGUAUUUACCGAAAUCCGUUUCGUUUAAAUAUAAUUGCUCGAGCGUAUUUUUUAUGCUCGAUGGUUCUAGCCGAACGCAUUCCUUCGUGGAAUAGAUUACCUGGCAACUCAGGAUGACGAGUCAGCGAGAGCUACUGCGUAUUGAACUGCCUGAUAGCAGCUCAGUAUCAGCUGGGUCUCCGAGAUGUACGGUCUGUCAUGUUUCUCUCUCCCCUGCUUUGAUUGACUACCGAACCGUAUCUCUGCCCAACAAUCAUGGACUUAGGUCUCUGAUUAACGGGGAUUCUCGCAAACAUGAAGGACCAUCUACUGCUGUGACGCUCGAUUUCAUCGCCUUCGACAUUGUGAGAAUUUUCAACAGAGAUAUCUCUUGGACUGUUUACCGCACGGUAACAGAAGUCUGUACUAGUCUCCCACUGCAUCGCUCUGCGAUAAUGCGAAUGAUUUUUGCAGACAUCUGAGUUUGUCUUCAAAUAUCUCGUAUUUGUAGGUGUGCAAUUGUUCAUUGUUCACCCCGAAUUAACAGAUGUGUCAGAAGACAUCGCCUACUCUCCGACCUGACAGCUCUACUUCCAAAUGUUCAGCCCAUGAGGAGCAGUUCUUCAGGCAGUAAUUCGCUGUCUUCAUUACUGAAAAGUGCUCCGCUUUCAUUGCAACUACGACACUCACCGGACAGCAAUGAAAUAGCGGUUAGCGUUCUCAGUCUUUGUAAGCACAGGUUCAGAAUCUUGAGAAUCCUUCUCUCGAUUCAGCUGUGAAGACGAAGGUUGCAUUUUCUGUCCAUCUUCGUCUUCAACGACACAUAGUGUUGUUUCUCCUUAGCUGAGAUUCAACUAUACUAUGAGAUAUCUUGCCAUCAGGGACCUCGGUCUCUAGAAGGCAAUUGACUUUCGCCUGUUGGGCACAUGCCUUAAGAGAAUCAUCACCUCGCCGUCUGGCAUCGGUGACGAACAAAUUAAUUUGUUUAGUCUCUUGGCAUAACCCUUUUAGGGCGAAGGUCACGUGACUUGCUCGGAUGCUUGGACAACUUGCCUCCUACCAAACGCAGUCAGUCGGCAGCUGUCAGAGCGCCCGAGUCAGUUACGAACUUCGCUGUGGACUUAGUUCGGUUGUUCCAAAUCAAUCUUUUCUUCGUCCUAAUGGCUUGCCCCAGUACUCAUACCAUCGACACCCACCAUGGAGUGUCGGUGUCCUAUCCACUACCGACAAGAAGAACUUCACUGCAUGGGGAUAGGAGGCUCAGUAACGGCAAGUUUCGUUCCUGAUUUCGUUCCCCGUCUAAUCGGAAAGGGGUCGAUCCCAAGGAAGGAUGAAAUGAUUUAUUUUAAUCACUUAGGCCAAUUCCACAGCUCUCUCAUGUCGCAAGGAGCAUCGAGAAUCUCUUUUUUCGCCCAUGUUCGCGUUGACAAAAGAGAACCUAUUUGGAAAACAGACACGGAACGUAACGAUCCUUAAGAGGUUCGUUGCAAGAUGUUGCACGUCCGUGAAAACCUUCUCGAUCGACGAUAAUAACUGUUAAUGUAUGUCUAACAUUUAUUGGAAAGAGUUGUAAAAAACCGGCGAGAAGUCUUUUUUCAUAGAUCUCUUCGCAAGGUGGAAGAAGAAAAGGCUUCCUAUAGAUUGCUUCCUUAUUCUCGAUCCCAGAGAAGUAGCAAUAUACGCCAUCUUUAGUUUAAAGAAAGGGGAAUAAUCUUUAGUCUUUUUUCCCCUAAAUAUAAAUUCUUAACAGAUAUUUAGAUAAAGGGCGUCAAAGGACGAGAGGAUGAUACUUUAUGCCUCAUUUUGGCCUUAGAGAGGUUGGAUUCACAGAAGUCACGUUCUUUUCACAGCAUGUUUCGUAAGGCUUUUCCAAGAGAGUCUGGAUAUUCUAUCAGAAUCUAUUGUAAAUAGACCUGAAAAACCUCUCAACUCUGAGUCGGUCUGCGUGCAGACUGACCAGAAGUAGACAUGAAUGAGAGGAGUUUUUCAAGGUAAAAGACAAGAGUCAUGGUAAAGACAUAGAAUUGCUGCAGAUCGUGCUAGAUGGAAUGGGGAAACUGUCCUCUUCCGAUACCUCUGUGAACCACAUGGGGGGUUUUUCUUCCCUUUCAGAGGGAAGAAUCACCUUUGUAUAUAUCUGCUAUCAUAACGCAGUAAAAGGCUAUACUCUGUCUCUACAAGGAGAAUUAGAUAGCAGAGAAUUAAGAUCUUCGGGAUCUUAUACGAUAUCCCAAUACGACAUGAGUAGGAUAUCAAUUGGUGCCAGCCAGGCACCAGCCAGGCGCCAGCCAGGCGCCAGCCAGGCGCCAGCCAGGCUCCAGCCAGGCGACAGGUGCCAGGCUCCAGGAUCUCCAGCUUCUUCGUGUUUGGAGAUAGAAUUCACCAAGAGUCUCCUCUUUGAGAUUUGUCACAAGAUCAGUUGUUUCCUGACAGGGACACAAGUUGUCGCACAGGCGGCCGUUGCCCGUGUCAGGAUGGACUGAGAUUGUGGGAAGUUUCUAGCUAGAACAAACUUCUCAUGACAGGGACUCUAGUGGUCGCGUAAGCGUCUUCAUCUCUGUCAGGAUGGUUUGAUUUGGAGAGACGUUUUUUGCAGGAUCAGCCUUCACCUGCCAGGUACUGAAGAUGUCGCACAUGCGAACAUAACCUUGUCAGGAAGGGGCUGUUACUGCUUAAAGCCCUUCACCUUGUGAAGAGAGGCGCUCUCCUCAGGUGACUCAUUCUUCUCCCAACAUUAUGGGACAAAGAUAUAUCAGACUUGGAAGUCAAUGAGGGUGCAGGUCUUUCAGAUUACAAGACCUUAGUACCCUUUUAUUGCUUGAAUUCGGAGAGUCUCUUGAGUCCUGCACACCCCUCCUUCUCCUAGUUCAUUACUAUUAAGGGGAUUAUAAAUCAUCCUCUUCUAUAGAUAUUUGUAGCAAACCGUUUUUCAUUAUUUGAUUUGAGGCUCUCAAAUAAUAGAGGGAAUGGGAUCCUUUUUUUUUUGGACCUCAGAUUCUGUGUUCCGACAAGAUGGAACUGCUCCUCGUUAAACUUCUUUGAGAAAUUUUGAGGUAAUUCUUUGUUUCUCUUGGUUCUAAACGACCAAGAAGACAAGUGAAUUUUUUGUGCAUUGGAAUCUCGCAUCAGAUUCUAUGGAUACUCGGCUAUAGGUUCUUGCCAGCAUAGUAUGUCUGGUAAAAGAACUAAAACCCUCUUUUCCUGACUCAACGCUUUCAGAUAGAGGUUCCGUUGUCCAGGCAGAGUACUUACGUUUUCAUCUACAGAUAAUGGUUUAAACGUUUGCCUACAGAGUCUUUGGGAUGCGAUGAGGGCUCGAAAUGCUUCCCAGAAGGUAUUCAGAGGGAUACAAUAAAGAGCUAGAAAUCAGGAGUCCUCCCAAUUUCAGCUCAGAGUCUCCUUCGACUUCCAGGCUCCUUCCCUUCUUUCGGACAAGGAUAGGGAAGAUUCUGCAACGAGGAACCUCAUCAACAUGUAAGAAGAGAUCUCGUUAGCAACGGAAGUACUCAAGAAGGAUCCUCCUCGGAGGAAGACUCUUAUCUCUCGUACUGUUAGAUAUCCUAUCUUCUGAUGGAUGUAGCUGACUACAAUCACCUCCCCUUGCCAGAGAGGCCAAAAGCUCAAAGUGGAAGAAUUUCUUCCACCCUUCUCCAGUCUCCUGAUAAACUAUUGUGGAUGUUCAGGACUUUCGGACAAUGUAGCACCAACUAGGCGCCAGAUGCCAAAACAGGCGUAAAAAACGCCAGAGGCAGACAGUUCCAAGGAACAGUCAUUGUCUGAUGAGAAGAAAGAGCGAGUCUCCAACCUAGUGCAGAUGCGCUAGAGGCGAACAAAUCGGACAGAUAAGAGCGUCCGAUGUGGACAUCGCCAGACAUCCUCGAGAUUCUACCAAGCUCGAAGCUCCAGCAAGUGGGGAGGAGCCAGCCAGGCUCCAGGCGCCAAAAAGAGCCAGUCUGGAGCCAGGCGCGAAGCUCCUUCCAGGCGCGAGGCGGGAGUCAGGAGUCAGGCAAAAAGUGCCUUACAGGCGCUAGGUGCCAACCAGGCGUCAGGCGCCAGCUAGGCGCGAGGGACAGGCAGGCGCAAGGCGCCAGCCAGGCGAGAGGCGCCAGCCAGGCGAGAGGCUUCAUCCAGAACAGAUCCAUUUCAAAGAAAGCCCUGGUCUUCUUUGAAACAAGUGUGAUCGCUCUAAAGCACUUCGUGAGUAACUUGAUGAUUCCUUCAAACAGCUGAGAAUUAAAAGCGCAUGAAGUGCGAGCUUUUAUGAAUUCUUGUUCUUUCCUAACAAUAUGUCAUGAGGACAUAUUAGCUGUCACUUACGGGAGAUGCAACUCUGUGUUGACUUCCCAUUACACGAAGGAGGUCAAGUUGACCUACGAGAGAUCCUUCUCUCUUGGUUAUACAUGUCUACGGAUACGUUGCUGGGAUAGGGAGCCAACACUGAUCCUUAACUAUUGAGUUAAAUUUUAUUUUAACAUAGUGUUUUUUCUUUGGGUUGUUUGAAAGGAGUUUGGGGAUAACUCUUUUCAAAUUAAGCACAAACCCUCGUGUUAGGAUCAGGUGAUCGGGUUCGGUGUUGUGCUCCUUAAGUAUGCCACUAGGCAUAGGUGUAUUGUCAUGUAAGUGGAUAAGACCCCAUUGACAAAAGACCAUUAGAUUCUGUCGAGUAAGUGGAUAAGACCCCAUUGACAGAUCUACAAGAACUCUUAGCAAUAGGUCACAUCCUUGCUGAGGCUCUUGAGACGAAGCAGACUCCUAGCAAUAGCUAGGAAGUCAACCCUUCGUCUAAACACAUAGGAACCAAGGUUUUAUUUAUUUAUUACCUACAACGUAUGUUGUUUAUCGGUCUGUUCAGUAAUUAGCUGUCUCUUACCCUCCUCCAAUGGUGUGAAUCAGCUAUGUAUAUAUCUGACAGAUAAGUUGAAUGUAUAAAAAUGAUAUUGUUAUGAUACAAUAAAGUUUUAUACAUACUUACCUGGCAGAUAUAUACAAUUAAUCGCCCACCCAACCUCCCCUCAGGAGACAAGUGGAAGAGAAAAUCUGAUAUAAAACGGGAAUUGUUCCUAUUCCUGCCACCCAGCAGCAGGCAGGUAGAUCACCUGACCUACCUGUAGCGCGUGCCGCGAAAUUCGAAUUUCUGUCGGGAAGACGGAGUCUACAUAUAGCUAUGUAUAUAUCUGCCAUGUAAGUAUGUAUAAAACUUUAUUGUAUCAUAACAAUAUUAUUUUUCUGAAAUUUUUUCUUUAUAAAAUAUACAGUGCAUAAUACAAUGUAUUUUCAUAAGGAAUAGUCUAUUCUUUUUACUUCAGUAUAGCAUUGUUUUCUUCAGUUACAAUUAUAUGAAAGAUAAUUUAAAGAAUGAAUCAUGUUUUACAGUAUUUUCAUGUAUGUCCUUCUUGGGAACAGGAAUAUUUGAGAGAAUGGUCUAGUCUUUAUUGUGAUUAGAAUGUUAACAAUAAUGCUUCUACGUUUUAUGUGAUUUAGAGAUGGUCCUUAGCAUCCUACUAUUUUGUCCUCACAGUGCUCAAGUAUUGUACAGCCAGUCCCCAGUUUACAAUGGUUUCGGCUUAGGAAGUUCCAAGGUUACAACGCUUUUCAAUUAUAUUCAUCAGAAAUUAUUUCCAGGGUUACGACACUGAUCUGACGGAAGAAAUAUGACUCCAGAAAGAAAAAGUAAUCAAUAUUUAAAGGUUUUUAAAUGAAAAAUGCUGUUUACAUAGUUUUUAAUACACCCAAAGCAUUAAAAGUAAGAUUUUCUUAGGAUUUUUGACGAUUUUCGACGAUGUCCCACAUAUGACGAUUUUCGGUUUACGACACGACUCAAGAAUGGAAGCCUUGUUGUAAACUGGGGACUGCCUGUACUGUCCUGUUAGCAAAGAUAUGUUUCUUAUGGAAGUUGACUCGUGGUUCAGAGCUCAACACUAAUAUGAACUUGGUAUUUUGGCAUGAUAUGUAAAGCUUGUUUAUAUCAUAAGCACCAAUAUAACAAAUGUCUGGUUACAUUUGGAAUAAGAAGCCUAUUCUUUGCAUCAUUGUUUUGAUCACUUAGGUUCUUCAUUGCAUUAAUUUUCUACAAAUGUACAAUACCACUAAUUUUUACAUAGUUGAUUUUCAAUGCAGUUGAGUUAUGUAUAUAGGCAGUCGGUGGUGGACUCAGUUAAGGGCGAUCCGGUUUUAUGGGGCUUGUCUGGUGCCAUAAAAUCAGCGAUAUAUGGUGCCAUAAUUCACCGAGUUUCAGUUAUCAGUGCUUUAAGAUGCAGACGAUAGAGUUAUGGCAUCGUACCACACCUAAACAGAGGCUUCAUUAACCGAAACUUGGUGCCAUAACCGCCAUAAAUUGCAGUUUCGGUUAAUGGUAACCAGGGACUUCCUGUAAUUGGCCUUUGCAUUGCAGGCAUUUUUAUAUUAUAUUUAUUCCUCCAUUUCGCAAAGUGUUACAUGUUUUGGGAGGCAAAAUGUGACAGAUAUUAUGCUUUUUAUUAAUGCUGAAAAAUGCAUGUCUCAAUCUCCAAAUAUCUAAUUUUUUUAUUAUGAAUUGUUAUAGUACAUAGAUCUGCUUCAGGUAUAGUUAUCAUAAUAAAAGUCUUUGGUAUAG